GAUGUCAGAUGAUGGGGGAGGAGACAUAUGGUGAUGUCAGAUGAUGGGGGAGGAGACGUGGUACGUGAUGUCAGAAGAUGAGGGAGAAAACGUGUGGUGAUGUAAGGUGAUGAGGGAGAGGCUUUGGGGUGUGGUGAUGUCAGGUGAUUGGGAGGGGGCGGAUGGGAGACGCACGUACGUGAGGUGAUGAGGGAGAGUCUUGUAGUUGUGUGAUGAUGUCUGGAGGAUGGGAAAUAUUGAGAACAAGCUAGCCUACUGACGCACGGAUGAAAAUACCUUCCUUAGGGCACAUCAGUGCAGUCAGUAGUCGCCUGAUUUGUUUUCUCAUGUUCUAAUGAUUCGUAGGUAAGCAUAUAGAUCUCAGAAAUAUAUUUGCAUAUGUGAUUCUAUAUGCAGAGAGAGAGAGAGAGAGAGAGAGAGAGAGAGAGAGAGAGUUGAGAAAAGUGGUGUAUGGGAAGCGAUCGGUUAUCAGUGACUGAGUGACACUUCGUUCCACCGCACGCGCUGGAUGUUGGCAUGUCCCUCCCUCUCCCCCAGCCCAUGUGACUGCAUUUCUUCGAGCGACCUGUCGACCACCAUUACCUCGGCUCUACUACUUAACAUUCUUCUCUUUCCAUACUGGAACUUCCUGCCUGUAUCUGUAUAUCCAACUUCCCAAUGACUUGACGUAAUUCAAGAGGGAGGUUUCAAGGCAUUUGUCCCUAUCCUUUUGGCUAACUAUCGACUCUGUAAGGAGACCGAGAACUCAGUGGGCCUUUAUUUCUAUAUCCUUUUGUUGCCCUUGUCCAGUUCUCCUUUCUUACAAAAAAAAAAAAAAAAACAGUUGCACCCGUAUAAAUAGCAACAACAGGAAAAGGAGUCUAUACUGCACAAUGCGGGGCAGGAGCAGCGCGGGGCGGAGCCAGUCGGAUGGAGGCGAUGUAAACACAAGAUUCACGGAAGGGGACGUGGCCAGUGGCUCGCUAUAUUUACCUUAUUAUCCACAUUAUCUGUAGCCCUACGUGACCUGUGAGAACUGUGGAUCAUGGGGAACGUCGAGACUACCCUUGGCCAGCUGGAGGUCGACAGAGACAAGAGCGAAGUGUAUGAGGACUGGAUGAUGGCGCCGGGGGAGCUGGAUGGGAUGCCAGUGACAGUGUUCUCAGCUGCCCAUCCCUCCUCCUCCCGCAAGCGUCCCUACAUUGAGAGAGCACUGCAGGCCAGUCGAGUGUACCGUCACCCAAGGCUGCUGCGGUACCUGGAUGGAGGCGUAGUGGGGGGAGAGGUAGUAGUGGUGACGGAGAGAGCAACGCCACUCCGCCACCACAGUCUGGAAAGCUUCUCACCACUCCACAUCUCAGCUGGCCUGCAGUCCAUCAUUGAAACGCUGGUCUUCCUUCAUGACCGGGCUGGGGUGAGCCACAAUAACGUGAGUGCAUCCAGCAUCUUUAUCACGCCCGAUGGAGCCUGGAAGCUGUGGGGCCUCGAGUACUCCUGCAGCUUUGGGAAGUUAACAAGGGACCACGUGGAGCACAUCAACAGUUACUGCCAGGAGCGAGUGGUGCCUCCUGAUGACAAGACACGCAUCUCCCCGUCCUACCAACACGCCAGGGACUCCUAUGCCUUUGGACACCUGGUGGAGGAUGUGCUCACUCCUGAAGUCCUGGCAGAGGUGGGUGGGGCAGCAGACUUUCUGGCCCUGGUGAAGAGGAGCUGCCUUGCCCCAGCCUGGAGCCAGCGGCCCCGCCUCACAGAGCUGGCAGAGCACCCGGUGUUCAGCCACGACUUCCUCAAGCUGCAUGACUCCCUCACCAACAUCCUCCUCCUCACUGACACCAAGAGAGAGGAGUUCCUGAUGAGUGUGGCGGAGAGCCUGGAGCAGUACCCAGAGGAGUUGGUUUCUAGUACCCUGGCUGGUGCCCUGCUGAGUCGCCCGGUAUUGCUCCACCCGGCCGCUGCCACACACCUCAUGCCCAGAAUCCUCACGCCACGCUCUGGUCCCCGGAGAGAGAAGCCUGACAGUGGUGGGGAUGAUGGCGGUGGUGGUGGUGGUGGUGGUGGUGAUAGUGGUGGUGAUGGUGGUGGUGAGGGGCUGUUUGGGGAGGAGGUAUUCCGGCGAGACAUUGUUCCCCAGGUGGUGCGUUUGUUUGGGGUGCACGACGCCACUGUGAGGGGCAUCCUGCUGGCCCACCUGCCCUCCUAUGUAGCCCUGGUGCCUCGCGAUGUGCUGGCUCAGGAGGUGCUGCCGGAACUCCUGCUGGGGAUCCGAGACUCCAGUGAUGGCCUUGUUUCGGCCACCCUGCACGCCCUGGCCCACUUGGUGCCAAUCCUCGGGGCCAGUGUGGUAGUGGGGGAGAAUCGUCACAACCUCUUCACCACCGCCAAGCCUAAGGCGGCUGCUGUCCUGCCUCUUACCAAGUCAGUGCUAUCGAAGGAGCCUCUCACCAACGGCAUCAAGGUCAGCAAGGUACACGUCACUCCCUCUGCCUCGCCCAGGUCAUCAGAACCAACACCACCACCACCACCACCUCGCUCCAUAUCCCUGGCGGGUGCUGAGCUCACGUCAGACACUGCCUCGCUGGAUAACCUCUCCCUGGACAGCCUUGCCCUGGCCCACAUCCCGGAGAGGAGCUCACCGGAUGGCGGGGAGGACAGUACUGAACCAGCUGCCCCCUCCCUUGGACCUCCUGGCGUGGGCGAGGUGGAGGCCUGGUCGUCAGAUUGGGAGGACAUGCAGGAGGGGAGUGGAGAGGUGUUCAGCGUGGAGCCCAUCACACCCAAGGGAACGCUGGGUGGAUGGAGUGUGGAUCUAGGUGGAGAGGACGCCUUCCCAUGUAAAUCCCAGCCUGACAGUGUGGACAUUCCUGACAGCGCCUCUUCUCUGCUUCCGCUGCAUAGCCACAUGCACAAGUCAAACGGCCGGCAGAGCUCAGGGAUGAAGCUGGUGCGCUCUAAGGUUGACUCGCCACCACCACCGCCACACAGAACGCCAAGUCUUGGUGAGGAGUUUGACGUGAUGGCCAUUAAGGUGAACAAAAAACGUGACGCUGAGCUGGAUCUCUUCGCUGACUUGGCGCCGAGUUUCACCACCAAGAAGUUUGACCUGGAGACGCUGCUUGUGGAGGCCAACCAGCGAGCCAAGGGUGCCACACACACCCGCACCCCGUCAGUCUCCGAGAUGUUGGCAGGCCUGGACACCAACAUGGGGGAGGAUGCCUGGGGUGAUGAGGGGAGCUGGGACAUACCCUCCCCACCAUCCAAUAACUCCCCAGUGAAGGCUAAGCAGUGGGAUUCCGAGCCUUGGCCAGACCUCACAGCCCCAGACCAGCCUCCAGAGUCUAAUGGUGUGGUGGAUAGUGUGGUGGGUGGUGUGGGUGUGGUGGGUGGUGUGUCCAGUGCACCCCAGCGGCCAGUGAAGGACAGCUGGGAUGAUGGGUGGGGUGAUGACUUCUGAUGGUAGUGUAGGGGCGGCUCAGUGUUGCCAGACAGUUACCGUACCCUUACAUUCCUGCACGUGUGAGUUGGGAGAUGGUUGGUAAUGCUGCUGUGAUGUGGCGAUGUGGCUGCUGUGAUGUGGUGAUGCUGCUGCUGUGUGGUGUUUCUCUUGUGUUUUUAGUUGACUUUUUAUGAGGGAAGCAACACAGCACUGCUCAUGUUGACUAGUCAGAUCAAACCCACUCAUGCUGUGAAUUGUUGUGAGUUCUUAGGAGGUCUUGGUGUGUGAGGACGCUUAAACAGACACUUGCCAGACACUACAGCUGGCUUCUGCACAAGUGUAUGAAGGUUUGGUGGUGUUUUGAGUGUUGCAGCAUCAUUAUUGUCAAUUGUUUGUGGUUUCUUCCGUAGAUUUGUUGGCUGAUGGUGUCUUUAAAGGGUUCUGAGUCUUGUGUGGCCAGGCAGUGGUGAUGUGAUGGCUUGUUUGUGUGUAUGUGUGUGGCAGGAUGGCUGUGAAUGUGACUCUUAUCUUGGUGGUUUCUUUCUUCCUUCCUUCUCUCCCUCCUUUCUUUCUUUCUUUCUUUCUUUCUUUCUUUCUUUCUUUCUUUCUUUCUCCCUCCCUCCCUCACUCCAUCCCUCCCUCCCUUUGAGGUGUUUGGUAACGUAACACUGCAGGAGUCACCACCACGAGUCACCACCACGCGUCACCACCACGAGUCACCACCACACAUCACCACCAUGCAUCACCACCACUGCCUCUGCCUGCACCUGGUGAUGAGUGAAGCGUAUGGUGAAGCUCCUCCCUCAUCUCACCUCACCAGUCACAUGCACAAAUAUCAACUGUACCGGUAUCUUUAUUUAUUUUGGUGAGCGUUGCAUUUAGCAUUUUGUACCGUUUUUUAUAUAUUUUAUCAGAUGUUUAUUGUACAUACACGUCUGCUCUCUGUUGCUGUGUUUAGAUUGUCGUCUGUUUGUUUGCUGUGACGUCUCUGUGUUGGUGGAUGUCGUUGUUUGUGUGUAUCUUUUGUGCAGACCUGGUGUUUUUAAUUUGAGUACAAUGCUCGUGUUUCCUCAGUCAUCUGUGUUGGUUUGUGUUGCUAGUGUUGCUGGAUGUCAUUGAGUGUGUGUAUCUUUUGUGCAGACCUGGUGUUUUUAAGAGUACAAUGCUCCUUUUUCCCUCAGUGGUCAGGCUGAGUUUUUGUGGGACUUUGGGUUAGAAGGUUGAAAGUGCCCCAGGAAAUCCUCAGUGCUCCUCUUCCUCUCAGUGGUCAGGUUGAGUUUUUGUGGGACUUUGGGUUAGAAGGGUGAAAGUGCCCCAUGAAAUCCUCAUAACUUUCCGUAGAGUAUUUAUAGAAAGAAACAAAGAUUGACAUUUUAUUUUGUCUUAUUGAAUUGUAUAUUAGGAAGAAAAACGAUGUUGAGAAAGGUAGAUAUGUAAAAUUAUUUGAGGUGAUGAGGUGGAUUGUUCUGUCAUCUUAUCGUGUCUCCUCCUUUGACUUGAUUUUUGGGGAAUCGAGAUAAGAAACCGUGAGAUUUGAUUCUAUUACUGACUUUAUAGAGUAAAAAAGUAACAAUCAAUUUCACCAAAGUACCCAGUCUGAAGAGUGAAUAGUGGGUGAAAUGUAACUUAUUGGUGUAAAAUUGAUGUUACUUAUCUUUUGGGGGGGAAGUAGGGAAUACCAUGUCUCUCCUGUCCAGAUUAUAUUUUUAUUUUCAAA